AUGUUAAGAGCAAUUAGAAACUUUUCAUCAUCUCUGGUGGCCAAGCAGAUAAUUGGUAGUGCCAAAGGUGAAUCAGUCAACGCAACGAAGUAUUUGGGCCAGAAAUAUCAUGUCAUCGAUCAUGAAUAUGAUUGUGUAGUUGUGGGUGCUGGGGGAGCUGGAUUAAGAGCUGCUUUUGGUCUAGCCGAAGCUGGUUUCAAAACUGCUUGCAUUAGUAAGUUGUUUCCCACAAGGUCACAUACAGUUGCUGCGCAAGGAGGUAUCAACGCUGCUCUUGGUAAUAUGCAUAAGGACGACUGGCACUGGCAUAUGUACGAUACUGUCAAAGGUUCUGACUGGUUGGGAGAUCAGGAUGCCAUUCAUUACAUGACCAAAGAAGCCCCACAGUCCAUCUAUGAGUUGGAGAACUACGGUGUGCCUUUCAGUAGAAACGACGAGGGGAGAAUUUAUCAACGUGCGUUCGGAGGACAGUCUAAGGAAUACGGAAAAGGAGGCCAGGCAUACAGAACGUGUGCUGUUGCUGACAGAACUGGUCAUGCAUUGUUACAUUCACUUUAUGGACAAUCAUUGAGACAUGAUACACACUUUUUUAUUGAGUUCAUGGCAAUGGAUUUAUUAAUGCAAGACGGAGAAUGUGUGGGUGUCAUUGCAUACAACCAGGAGGAUGGUACCUUGCACAGAUUCCGGGCACACAAAACAGUUCUUGCCACUGGUGGUUACGGAAGAGCAUAUUUCUCAUGCACAUCUGCACAUACUUGCACUGGUGAUGGGUAUGCUAUGGUUUCCCGCGCUGGGUUGCCUUUAGAAGAUCUCGAGUUUGUUCAGUUUCAUCCUUCUGGAAUCUACGGUUCUGGGUGCUUGAUCACUGAAGGCGCCAGAGGCGAAGGUGGGUACUUACUCAAUUCGGAGGGUGAGCGUUUUAUGGAGCGUUACGCACCUUCUGCUAAGGAUCUAGCCUCUAGAGACGUUGUCUCGAGAGCCAUCACUAUGGAAAUCAAUGAGGGAAGAGGUGUUGGUCCUGAAAAGGACCACAUGUAUUUGCAAUUAUCACAUAUACCUGCUUCUGUCUUGAAGGAAAGGCUUCCUGGUAUCUCAGAGACAGCACACAUAUUUGCUGGUGUUGAUGUUACAAAGGAGCCUAUUCCUAUUUUGCCAACGGUUCAUUAUAAUAUGGGAGGUAUCCCAACGAAGUGGACAGGAGAAGUAGUUAAGAAGGGAGAAAACGGAGAAGACGAGGUCGUCCCAGGUUUGUUAGCUUGUGGUGAAGUUGCAUGCGCUUCGGUUCAUGGAGCAAACAGAUUGGGUGCGAACUCCUUAUUAGAUUUGGUUGUUUUUGGAAGAGCUGUCUCUCACACGAUUAGAGACUCAUUGACACCUGGUUCCCCUCUCAAGCCCGUUUCGAAGGAUUUAGGAUUGGACUCGAUUGCGAAUCUUGACAAAUUGAGAAAUGCCAAUGGAACAAGGUCCACUGCUGACAUCAGACUUGAGAUGCAGCGAACUAUGCAAAGGGGAUGUGCCGUCUUUAGGAUGCAAGACACAUUAGAUAAGUGUGUGGAGGAAAUAAGCAGAGUCGACAAAGAGUUUGCUAAUGUCAAAACGACUGACAGGUCUAUGAUUUGGAACUCUGAUUUAGUUGAAACUUUGGAGUUGCAGAAUUUGUUGACUUGUGCUACUCAAACCGCUGCUUCUGCAGCCGCAAGAAAGGAAUCAAGAGGCGCACACGCAAGAGACGACUAUCCAGAGAGAGAUGACAAUAAUUGGAUGAAGCAUACGUUGUCUUACCAAAAGGAAUUUGGGGCUCCUGUGACUUUAGAUUACAGAGACGUUAUCAAGACCACAUUGGAUGAGAAUGACUGCAAGCCUGUGCCUCCUGCGAAGCGUGUCUACUGA